AUGGGUGCGCGUUUUGUAGUUGAGGACGCUAACGGUAGAAUUCGUCUUGUGUCUAGCUCAGCUACUGGAGGUCAACUGGCUAUUGAUGGAGCAGAGUCUGCCGGAGUCCCUAGUAUCCUCCGAGGGGAGGAGGCUGUGAACAACCUUCGCAAAAAGAUUCGAGCCGGGUUUGGUGGCACACACGGUCUGAAUUGGGUAGCCGUUGGGGAAGUAGAUUCCACGCAUGAUAAGUCUCCAUUUAUCGUAGUUGGUUUCUUCUAUGAAGGCUCCGGUGGAAAUCCUCCGUUAUAG